AUGGCGUCCGUCAGGACUCCAGUAGGAUGGACCUGUUCGUACAUGAAGACAAAACGGUCCUUCUCUACCUCCUCCUACCAACGCUGGCGACUGCCGUCCACCUCGUCGCUAGCUUCGCUGCCAAUCGACGUUCACCCUGCCAUACAGCAGGCUCAAGCGGAGAGGGCACCUGUCGUAGCUCUCGAAUCGACUUUGAUUACGCAUGGUAAGCUAGCAGAUUGUGCAGAAGGCUGUCUAGAGCGACUUUGGCGGCUGCUUAUCCUUUCUUCACGCCCUCGACCUUGCUCGACCGACGCUGGUGUCGCACAGGCAUGUCACCACCACAUUGCUACGAGCUACCUUUGGAAUGCGAGGCCAUUCUCAGAGACCAGGGAGUCGUGCCAGCAACCAUCGCCAUCCUCGAUGGGAGGAUCAAAGUCGGCCUCGAGCCGCAGCAGCUCGCACAACUGGCCGAUAAGGCACAUUCGGCGGACAAGAGCGAUUCGGAAUUGUGGAAGGUGGGGAGAAGGGAGCUGGGGGCAUGCUUGGUCAAGGUACGAGAGUGAUUCACGUUCAAUAGACCAGGAAGGAUAGCUCACCUCUUAUUCAUUGCGUGGGAAAACUCGACUCGGGCAGGGUCUCUCGGCAGGUACGACGGUCUCGGCGACGAUGGCAAUAGCACAUAUGGUCGGCAUCAAGGUUUUCUCCACCGGCGGGAUAGGUGGUGUACAUCGAGGUGCAGAGACAAGUGAGUAUUGUCGACCGAACGUGUAGGAUACACCUCGGCUACAUCCGAGGUGCUAACUCGGACGGCUCGAGGUACAUUCACAAGGUUUCGACAUCUCGUCCGACUUGAUCGCUCUCGCCGACACCCCUGUUGCCGUCGUCUGCGCUGGAUCAAAGUCGAUUCUGGAUAUAGGACUCACCCUUGAGUACCUCGUACGUUGACAACUUUACACGGCAAAUCGAUGCAGAUUGGCGGAUAGGCUGAUCUGGAUGCUUGGGCGAUACCAUCGACAGGAAGCGCAUGCCGUGCCCGUCGCAUCCCUUGCUACUGAUGAGUGGCCCGCAUUCUAUUCGCCCACAUCGGGGUUCAAGUCACCGAUGCGAAUCAGCACCGAGGCAGAAGCAGCCGAAAUCAUUGGUUCGUCGUCGGGUGCCCGCGUAUUCUUGACCUGGCCUAACAGCACUUCUGCCUUCGCCUCCGCCAGCUAUGACAGAUCGGCUAGGUCUUCAAAGCUCGCUCCUGCUUGGUGUGCCGAUACCAAAGGAACACCACCCAGAUGGUGCCGCAAUUCAAGAGGCGGUCGAGCGAGCUAUUCGGGAAAGCGUGGAGAACGGCAUGGCCAAGAGUGGCAAAGCAGUCACGCCUUGGUUGCUCGCUAGGGUCGGGCAGUUGACCAAAGGGAGAGCUGUCAUUUCCAGUGAGUCCCCGACGAGGACAAGAUCACCCAUUAUUUAUUGGACACUGAAUGGUGCUGGACUUUAUCACAGAUCGGGCACUCAUCAAAAACAAUGUCAGAGUGGGAGGCAGGGUGGCGCAAGAAUAUGCUCGGCUUAUGAAAGAGGUGUGAUAAUUUGCCCUGUUACGUCACGUUGCCAUGUAGCUGAGCGUUCUUUGACACCUGGAAUAGCAGAGCCAUCCGAUGAAAAUGCAUGCUCCAGCGUUCCCUGAGUUCUCACGACCCCCAACCUCAUCCUCUGCUCCACCAACUCUCGCCACUCCGGGCCCACCACCACCUUCCGCCUCCGCAGCUCUCGUCGUCAUCGGGUCUCUCGCGGUCGACAUCUCAAUGAUCCCAACCGUUUCACCACUCCAGACCACCUCCCCAGGCUCCGUCACCAUCUCCCUCGGCGGAGUUGCAGGCAAUGUCGCUGCCGCUGCACGAUCUAUCGGCAUACCCGACGUCCUGCUCGUCGCAGCGAUAGGGGACGAUCCUCUAGGAUCUCUCGCGCGGACGCGACUCGGGGAUCGUGGUAUGCGGAGCGAUGGCUUGAUUACAUCGCUCAAGGAUGGUCGAACACCUACGUGUGGGUAUUUGUUGGACGAAAAAGGUGGACUCGUGGGCGGUGUGGCGGACAUGUCGAUCGCGGCUUCGUUACCUGUUCAGGAGGUGCUUGAGAGGUUGAAGCGGGCCGAACCAAAUACGGUGGUGAUGGAUGGGAACCUCUCGAUAUCGUUGUUAACGGCAGUAUUGGGGUACUGUCGGGAGAAGGAAAUUCGGACCAUCUUCGAGCCAACCUCGAACGCCCAAUCACUCAAGAUUCUCCGAGCCCUUUCUGACCCCCUCCCUUCCUCGGCUGGCCGACCCCCCACUGACGAAACCCCUUGUGUCAGUCUAAUCACGCCCAACAUCCACGAACUACAAGUGCUCUACGGACACGUCACAGCUACAUCCCCCACGAAACCGCAUUGGGAAGCCGGCAACUGGUUCGACUUCAUCACGUUACCUCAUCACCUCUUGGCUAGGGAUCUCCCCGAAUGGAUCACGGGGCAAGGCGUUGUCCAAAUGGCUGUGAGGCUCCUACCCCUUGUCGGAUGUGUACUCGUCAAAGCGGGGGAAAGGGGCGUCGUCGUCAUUCAACGAAUCAGUGGAGGGGAUCGAGUGACUCAAUGGCGGAAGAAACAAGGGAUAAACGUCGUCGUUGCACCUUGUACAAAGACGGGGAGGGAGGCUGUCGUCGUUGCUUAUUAUCCUGGGAUUGAGAUGGGAGAAGGGAAGGUCGUUUCCGUUACUGGGGCCGGGGAUUCGUUAGCGGGGGCUUUGGGGGCUUUAAUGAGUAGAGGAAAGAGGCUGGACGACUUUGAUGAGUUGAAGGGUGUUGUGGAUGUUGCUCAACAAGCGGCGGUGAGGACUUUGAUGAGUUCGGAAGCGGUGGGGGAUUUGACUGGGUUGCGGGAUGCAUUGCCGGUUCUUACGGAGGGGUGGUAG